AUGCCGGCCUAUCCACCGUCAGGGCAGGGCCACCAGGGCUACCAGGACCCGUUCUCAGACCGCCACUCGCCGCGCCCGCCGCACGGCAACCCCCUGAACGCGUCCGACCCGCGUCUCGUCUACGGUCAGGCCCCGUCCGCGCAGACUCCGAGCCAGCAGCAGCAGCGCCCGACUGGCUAUGCUCUCCAUGACAACCCCUCCUACGCGACCAGCAUGCAGACUCUCCCGACCGGAAGCUCCUACUCGCUCGCCGGUGGAAAGGAGUUCUACGACGACGGGGUCUACCCUGACGAAGACACCGAGAGCAAGACGCCCCUCAGGAGCGAGUUCGGAGUGGGACACGGCGUGCAGGGUGGAUACGACCCGGACCAGCCUCUGUACGCUCCCGGCGGCUACUCGCCUCACCCAGCCGGCAGCUACUCGGCCCAGUCUGCCUACUCGCAGGGAUCCCGCUUGCUCUCGCGCAAAGAGACGUCUGCCGAGGCCUGGAAGCAGCGGCAGAGGAUCAACCCGAAACGCGCGCAGACGAAGAAGGUCAAGCUCACGCAGGGCAACUACAUCGUCGAGCACCCUGUCCCGACCGCCGUCCGCAACGCCAACCUCUCGAGCGGCUCGCGCGGCGGGCCAACCGAGUUCUCGCACCUCCGCUACACCGCUGCGACCUGCGACCCGAAUGACUUUACUGCCGAGAAUGGCUACAGCUUGCGCGCGUCCUCGUACGGCCGUGAGACGGACCUUCUCGUCUGCAUCACCGCCUACAACGAGAACAAGAUCCUCCUCGCGCGAACUCUGCACGGCCUGAUGCUCAACAUCCGCGACAUGUGCAAGGGCAAGUGGUCCGAGUUCCGCAAGAAGGCUGAGCGCGGCGGCGUUGAGGGUGGGAAGCAGGGUGAGGCGUGGAAGAGAAUUGUGGUGUGCUUGGUGUUUGACGGCAUCGACCCGGCGGACAAGAACACGCUCGAUGUCCUGGCGACAAUCGGUGUCUACCAGGACGGCAUCAUGCAGAAGUCGGUCGACGGAAAGGAGACUGUCGCCCACAUCUUCGAGUACACGUCGCAGCUGUCGGUCUCGCCGAAGCCUGCACUCGUCGAGCCGCACCCGAACGACCCGAACAACCUCGUCCCGGUCCAGAUGAUCUUCUGCCUCAAGCAGAAGAACGCCAAGAAGAUCAACUCGCACCGUUGGCUCUUCAACGCUAUCGGACGCCACCUCAAGCCCGACGUCGUCUGCUUGCUCGACGCCGGCACGAAGCCCGGGAAGAGGAGUAUCUACUACCUCUGGGAGGCGUUUCACCACGACAAGCACCUCGGCGGCGCUGCAGGCGAGAUCCACGUCAUGCUCGGCAAGGGCGGUCGCAAGCUGCUCAACCCGCUCAUUGCGGCCCAAAACUUCGAGUACAAGAUGUCGAACGUCCUCGACAAGCCUACCGAGUCGGCGUUCGGCUAUGUCGCCGUCUUGCCCGGAGCCUUCUCCGCCUACCGCUUCACCGCCAUCCAGGGUCGCCCGCUCAACCAGUACUUCCACGGCGACGGCACGCUCGCUGCGAGGCUCGGGCCGAAGGGAACGGACGGCAUGACCAUCUGGAUGAAGAACAUGUUCUUGGCCGAGGACCGCAUCCUCUGCUUCGAGCUCGUCGCCAAGGCCAACGAGAGCUGGGUUCUCGGCUACGUUAAGCCGGCCAAGGGCGAGACGGACGCGCCCGAAACGGCCGCCGAGCUGAUUGGCCAGCGCAGGCGUUGGCUCAACGGCUCGUUCGCUGCAGGCGUCUACUCGCUCGUCCACUUCGGCAGGUACUACAAGAGCAACCACGGCAUCCUCCGCUUGUUCUUCCUUCACAUCCAGGCCAUCUACAACACGAUCAACCUCAUCAUGUCGUGGUUCGCCGUCGCCAACUACUAUCUCACGUUCUCGAUCAUCAUCACUAUCGUCGGCACCUCGCUCCGCUCGCCGAACGACAUCGCCGGAGGCGACCCCGACACGAUCAAGUGCUGGUCGGGAAGCUUCCUCCAGGACGAUAGCGGCAACUCGUUCGACUGGCUCGCACUCGUCAACUGGCUCUUCCAGGUUAUCUACCUCAUGUUCCUCGCCCUCCAGGUCAUCCUGGCACUUGGCAACCGACCCAAGGCGGAGAAGCUCACGUACACGAUCUCGAUCGCCGUCUUUGCCUUCUUCUCGCUCUACCUCAUCUUCUGCACAGUCAUCCUCACGAUCAAGGCGUUCUGUCCCAUCGGCUCCAUCCUCGCGAAGAACUCGGGCUCGUCGAUCAACGUCUUCCUCGGCAGCACCUACGGUCCGAUUUUCGCGGGAAUUGCCGGUACCUUCGGCGUCUACAUCGUGUCGUCGCUCCUCUACCUCGAGCCGUGGCACUUGCUUCACUCGAUGCCGCAGUUUCUCCUCAUCGCACCGUCAUUCACCAACAUCCUCAACAUCUACGCCUUCUGCAACCUUCACGACGUCUCGUGGGGCACGAAGGGUUCGGACAAGGUCGACACGCUUCCGGCGGCGCAGUCGAAGAAGGAUGGAGAGGAGAAGGUCGUCGAGACGCACGAGAAAGUGCAGGAGGAUAUCGACCUGGGCUUCAAGGCUACCGUUCUGCGUGCUGUAGAGCCGUUUGUCGAGGAAGAAGAAGUUGUCACACCGACAAUGGAUGACCGGAACAAGACCUUCCGCACCCGCUUCAUCUGCGUCUGGCUCUUCAUGAAUGCCUGCCUCGCGCUUGCCAUCACCAGGCUCGGAUCCUCGGCGAGAUCACGCUACUUCCAGGCAAUCCUGUGGACGACUUUCGGGCUGUCGACAAUCCGCCUGUUGGGAAUGUUGUGGUUUCUGGUCGGCGAAUGGGUGUUCAGGGCGGCGCGAUUCUGCGCUCGCGGACGUCGUUGA